AUGCGAGAACCGGGUUUGGGAUGUCUUAGACACCUUGCAUUUUGGCCACACUUAGAUUCCUCAAACAAGUCCUACUUGGUGAUAUGGGGAAGUUCGGACGCUCAAGAUGUAAUUCACGACCCUAGUCGUCUGACGCUCACUCAUUUGGGUCUUCUGCUUGCUAUUCCUCUGGUCACACCUCCCACCACUAGUAGUACUUGCAAUCUUUCUGGUUCUACUCUCCAGUCUUCUUCCAUUGCCAAUCCUGCUAUUGGUUCUUUUGGCACUGGUAGCAGCACGACAAUGACGGCACGAGGUACCCAGCUAUCUUGUCUAGAGAGCUAUUUUUCUGCUAGUCUUCUUUUCCACGCUGGUCUAGUGGCCACUCGAAUCUUAGCUCAUAACGGUUUCGUGAAGCCUCUAGAGCAAACCCCUUCAGGUUCGACAGUAGAUACACUCAAUUCUCCUCCUCAACCAGACGUAUAUCAAGCAGCUUGCAUCUCAGGUGACCUUGUUUGCACAUGGCUGCAUUCUGGCCUUACCACGCGGCUUUUCCUACAUCCCUUUAAUCCACAAUCUAUACCGUCCUCAGACUCCACCUCUUCUCGAGAAGUUAUUUCUCCAAAAAUGUCUCUUCCAAGUACCUCAAAAUCCUCUUCCGGUUCAGAACGCAGAAUUCGCUUGCCUCGUUGGAGU